UCUAGGUGUGCAUUUAUGUUUUAUGUGCUUUCCAGUAAAUUACAUGUAAAAAUUGGAAAAGGAAAACAACCUAAGAAAAGUCAUGGAGUGCUUCUGUGUGCCAGGGUGGGCAUGCUCCCAGCCUCCUAGAACCUCCAGGAUGCUGGAAGAGUCCCAGGUAGGUUCCCUCAUCCACCCCCACCCUGGUUGCUGGGCAAACACUGAGGUGGGAGCAGAGUGCAGGCCUCUCCAUCUGGCACAGUGCCAUGCCGGCCGGCUGGCAGCAACACAGGAUGGUUGCCUUUGUCUGGGGCCUUUGUCCACAGCUGCAGCGUCUCCUCUUUCCGGGGCUGCCUCAGCUCCAUUGUUGGUUGAGUGGGUCAGGACCCGCUGGCUCCUGCAUUAUUGAUGCUGUGGGUAAGGCAGGAGCCCUGGGCAUGGGAGAAGCUGAGCCUGUAGCCCCGGGUAGCGCACUGCACAGGUGGAGGGCACCCGCGGGCAGCCAGAUCCCAGGGAAGAGAGGACCGAAGCGUCGGGAAGCCAAACUUCUCUGGGUCUGUUAUGGUCCGGAACAAGGGAAAAGCGUCCCAACGCCCCGCGAAGCCCAGGACGCCGGCCUCCGGGGAACAGGAGUCGGGAUCGGCCAGCGCAGAUGGCGUGCCCAGCCGGGAACACAGACACGGCCGCGACAAGGGCCAUGGGGUGAGACAGGCCACGGAGCCCGCUGUCACUGGGAGCCAGAGGACCUCUGGGGGCCGCAGGAAGCUCACUGACGGCGGGUGCAAACUGCGAGAGGCUGGGCGGCCGCCGGAGGUUCAGGAGAGGAAAGGCAGCGCGCCGCGUCAAAGACGCGGAGCCAAGGAGAGACGCGAACUUGGGGACAGCUGUGAGGGGCGCCUGCAGGAGGACAGCCUUCCCCAAGGAGAAGGGCAAAGGGGCAAGCGCAGCCACCGCAAGAGGAGAGGGAAGGGGUGGGGACCCUCAGCUCAGCGGGGCCACCAAGUGACCAGGAGCCUCGAUGGGGACACGUCGGGCGGAGACGGAAGCAGCUCUUGCCCGGACAGCGAAGCCCGGGAGGCCCCGGGGAGCGGCGGACAAAACAGCGGGGCUCCAAUACUGCAACCCAAACCGGAGCCAACGGACACAGGUUCAGAAUGGACCAACACCGGGCCGGAGUCAGCGCCAGAGCCAGGCGAGCACCAGAGCAGCGAUGGCCUGAGCAGCGAAGAGCCCCCAGCUGAGUCCUGGAACCGGGAAGAGUCGUCUGGGGCAGGGCCCCAGACAGCGAGUGGGGACUCCAGGACAGACGCCGACUCGAGUCUGCAGGGGGCUGGGCCUGGACAGGGCCCACAUGUAGCCCCGGGAACUGCAAGCAGGGCCUCUGAGGCCCAGACUGUCGAGCCGGAUGGAAAAGCCACCGCCUCUAGGCCUCUCAAGGGCAGCCGAGGGCGCUUCUCCGGGAGAUCUCGGGCUCCUCGGGACGCAGGGCUAGCUUGGGACCGGAGUGCCAAAGGAGCGUACCGCAGCGAUGAGCCUGAAACAGCCCAGGCUUCGACGGCCCCGGCUCUCCGCCAGGUCGGAAAGGUGGUGGGGAAGGUGCAAGUGGCGGCGGCCAAGAGCGAAGCAGGAGCCGGAGAGGUAGACCAGCCAGGGGACCCAGCGCAGAUGGACGCCCUCGUGAUGGUGAGCAGGCUCCGCGCGAGACCCUCGCCAGGCCCCGCUCCCGAGGCCGUGGGUCCCCGCUGCUCCAGCCUCCGGGAGCGGUUCCUGCGCGUGGUACGAGCACUGGACUUCCUGCGACGGCUGCGGCUCUGGUCGUGGAAGACCCAGGAACAGGUGCCAGGGCCUGGGGCUGGCGGGGAACUGGGGGCGGGGCCGCCGGCCGACGAGAGGCGGGGCCGCCGGCCAGGACUGCGGCGCCGCCUUGCGUUGCGCCUGGCGGGUUUAGCAGGGUUGGGGGGAUGGCCGAAGGCUCCCCCUAGCGGCGGCUCAAGGCCCCCACAAACCCAAAAGAGCCCAGUCCCGGAUCACCCUUCCGACCAGGAGGACCAGACUCCAGAUCCCAGGUUCGCGGUCGUGUUCCCUAGGAUCCACAGGGCGCAGAAGGAGUCGAUCAGUCGGAGCUCUACAGAAGCGUCCGCGGACGCCUUUACGGGAGAGGGCCGCGUUUGGCCCCAUGCAGGGGCCAGAGGUGACAGUGAGGGUCGCACAGGAAGUGGGAAAGGGGUGGCCGGGCCCCGCCGUGGCUCCCUCCUCGCUCCGACUGCUCCCGACCGGCUCCCACUCAACCAGAGCGGCUCCAGCAGUGAAGCGGAGCCGGAGACCCUGGAAGCUGAGACCCCAGUACACUGGGCGCAGGACUCGGGCCCCUGCGAAGACCCUGAGCUUGGCACUGUCAUAUUGCUGCCCCAGCUUGCCUUGGAGACCCGCCUGCAGCGGGAAAGGAACCGUGGCCGGUGUGGGUCCCUAAGGGAGGGAUGGGAGCCUGAGGACGAGGCUGAAGCAGCUCUCGAGAAGGACCUGGAGCUGAACCUCCGCCAGAGGUUGGACGCGCUGCCCUUCCUUGGUGGCGAGGGUGGGGGCCCUGGAGACGGCCUGGAGGACACGGAGGACCUGGCCCGGCUACAACCGGUGUGUGACAGCUCUGUGCUGCUGUGCCUCAAGAAGAGAUUCCACCGGGGUCACAUCUAUACCUUUGGGGGGCCCCUCCUGCUCUCUCUGAACCCCCACCAGCCCCUGCCUCUCUUCUCACCUGAGGUCUUGGCCAGCUACCACCCCAGGAAGGCCCCCAACACCACCCCGCACAUCUUUGCCAUGGUGGCAUCAGCCUACAGCCUGUCUCAGAGCCCUGGGAAGGACCUCUGCAUCCUCCUGGUUGGGCACAGCGGCUCAGGGAAGACAGAAGCCACCAAAAAGAUUGUGCAGUUCCUAAGCAGCCUGGAGCAGGAGCAGAUGAGAGACAGAGGGUGUCAGCUGGAGGACGUGCUGCCUAUGCUCAGCAGCUUUGGCCAUGCCAAGACCAUCCUCAAUGCCAAUGCCAGUCGCUUUGGCCAGGCCUUGUGCCUCUGCCUGCAGCACGGGGUCAUCGUGGGAGCCUCUGUUUCACAUUAUCUCCUUGAGACCUCAAGGGUGGUGUUUCAGGCUCAGGCUGAGCGGAGCUUCCAUGUAUUUUACGAGCUACUGGCAGGUCUAGAGCCCUUGGAACGGGACCAGCUCUCCCUGCAGGGACCAGAGACCUACUACUACCUCAACCAGGGGCAGGCCUGCUGGCUCCAGGACAAGGAUGAUGCCCAGGACUUCACACGGCUGAGAAAGGCCCUGCAGGUGCUGGGCUUGUGCCCUGAGGAGUUGACCAUGGUGUGGACUGUGCUAGCCACCAUCCUGCAGCUGGGCAACAUCUGCUUCUCCUCUUCAGAGUGGGAGUCCCAAGAGGUGGCUGCUGUAUCAAGCUGGGCUGAGAUCCAUGCAGCAGCCCGGCUGCUACGGGUGCCACCAGAGCGCCUGGAGGGGGCUGUCACCCGGAGGGUCAUGGACACACCCUACGGCCGGGUCUCACGAUCCCUGCCAGUGGAAAGCGCCAUCGAUGCCAGGGACACCCUGGCCAAAGCCCUGUUCUCACGGAUUUUCAACUGGCUUCUGACGAGGAUCAACGCACGGCUGGCACCACCUGGGGAGGGAAGCAGCACAAGCACCAUCACUGUCGUGGAUGUCUAUGGCUUUGAGGUGCUGCACGUGAACAGUCUGGAGCAGCUGUGCAACAACAUCGCCAGCGAGCGCCUGCAGCUCCUCUGUGGCCGGAUGCUGCUGGCCCAGGAGGAGGAGGAAUGUCGGCGGGAGCUGCUGCCCUGGGUGCCCAUCCCUCAGCCUCCGCAGCAGUCCUGCCUGGACCUCCUGGUGGACCAGCCCCAUAGCCUUCUGAGCAUCCUAGAUGCCCAGACACAACUGUCCCAGGCCACAGACCACACCUUUCUCCAGAAGUGCCACUAUCACCACAGUGAGCACCCGCGCUAUGCCAAGCCCCAGCUGCCAUUGCCGAUCUUCACCGUGAGGCAUUAUGCCGGGGCUGUCACCUACCAGGUUCACAAGUUUUUAAAUAGAAACCGGGAUCACCUGGACCCAGCCGUGGUGGAAAUGCUUGGCCAGAGCCAGCUCCAGCUGGUGGGCAGCUCUUUUCAGGAAGCAGAGCUGGAGCCCAGGGAAGGACCAGGCAGACCCACGCUGGCCGCCCGCUUCCAGAAGGCCCUGGGGGACCUCAUGGCCCAGCUAGGCAGGAGCCACAUCUAUGUCAUCCAGUGCCUGAACCCCAACCCUGGGAAGCUCCCAGGCUGCUUCGACGUGGGACAUGUGGCCGAGCAGCUGUGCCAGGCAUGUGUCCUGGAGACCGUGGGUGCCCGCAGUGCCAACUUCCCCAUGCGUGUGCCCUUCCAGGCCUUCCUGGCCAGGUUCCGGGCACUGGAGACAGAGAGGCAGAAAAACUCCUCUGACCAGGAGAGGUGUGGCACCAUCCUGGGCCAGAUGCUGGGGGCUGAAUCACCGCUCUAUCACCUCGGAACCACCAAGGUCCUGCUGCAGGAGCAGGGCUGGCAGUGGCUGGAGCAGCUCUGGGCCCAGCGGUGCUCCCAGGCCCUGUUCACCGUGCGCCGUGGUCUGCAUGCCUGCAUCUCCCACCAGCGCCUCCGCCUCCUGCCCCGGAUGCAGGCUCGUGUGCGUGGGCUCCAGACCAGGAAGCGGUACCUCCAGCGGCGAGCAGCUCUGGGACAGCUGAACACCAUCCUCCUGGUGGCCCGGCCCCUGCUCUGGAGGCGACAGAAACAGCAGCUCGGGCGUUGGUGCGGCUGGUUUGUGGACGGAGCCUCAGAGAAAAUGCCAAACGUGGAGCUGGGGAGCUUGGAGAUCCCGGCUGAGCUGGUGGUCAUGCUGAAGACAGCAGAAGGCCACCAGGAUGUCCUGGCUGGGAGUAUCACCGAGUCCAUGCCCCCUGAAGUCCCUGCUCGGCCCAGCCUGGCGCUCCCACCAGACAUUGACCGGUUCCCCUUCUCCAGCUUCGUCUCCAUCGGCUUUCAGGAGCCAUCACUGCCCAGCCCAGGGCAGCCGCUGGCCAAGCCCCUGACACGGCUGGGUGGCGAGAACCCUCGGCGUGCCCUGGACAUCAACAAGGUGAUACUGCGGUUCCUGGGGGACGGAUCCCUGUCGUCCUGGCAGAGGCAGAUCAUGGGCACCUACCUGGUGCGGCAGGGGCAGCGCCAGCCGGGGCUGCGGGAUGAACUCUUCAGCCAGCUCGUCGCCCAGCUCUGGCAGAACCCAGAUGAGCAGCAGAGCCAGCGUGGCUGGGCCCUCAUGGCCAUCCUGCUAAGUGCCUUUCCCCCGACAGCAGCCCUACAGAAGUCGCUGCUCAAGUUUGUGUCUGACCAGGCCCCCACAGGCAUGGCAGCGCUGUGCCAGCACAAGCUGCUGGGGGCCAUGGAGCAGUCACAGUUGGCGCUGGGGGCUGCUCGGGCUCACCCACCCACCCAGCUGGAGUGGAUGGCUGGAUGGCGGCGGGGCCGCAUGACUUUGGAUGUCUUCACCUUCAACGAGGAGUGCUACUCGGCUGAGGUGGAGUCCUGGACCACGGGGGAGCAACUGGCCGGGUGGAUCCUGCAGAGCAAAGGCCUGGAGGCGCCACCCCGUGGCUGGUCCAUGUCACUGCACUCUGGAGACGCAUGGCAGGACUUGGCUGGCUGCGACUUUGUGCUGGACCUGAUUGGCCAGACAGAGGACCUGGGGGACCCAGCCGGUCCAUGCAGUUACCCCAUCAGUCCCCUUGGCUCAGCUGAAGCCAUACCCCCUGCCCCUGCUGUCCAGGCCCCCUCACUACCCCCAGGACCUCCGCCAGGUCCAGCCCCAACAUUGCCUAGCAGUGGCCACACAGGCAAGGCCGGGAGCCUAGAUGGCUUCCUGGAGCACCUUUUUGAGCCAGUCCUCUCCCCGGGCCUCAGUGAUCUAGAACAAGGCUGGGCUCUGAGUGGUCGCAUGAAGGGAGGCGGCGCCAUGGGACCCAUGCAGCAGGGCUACCCCAUGGUGUACCCAGGAAUGAUGCAGAUGCCUGGAUACCAGCCAGCUAUGAUGCCUGCACCCAUACCCAUGAUGCCAGCCAUGGGCGCGGGCCCUGCCAUGCCAACCAUGGUGGUGCCACCACAGCCACAGCCACAGCCGUUACUCCCCAGCCUGGAUGCGAGGCAGCUGGCGGUCCAGCAGCAGAACUUCAUCAACCAGCAGGCGCUGAUCCUGGCCCAGCAGAUGACCACCCAGGCCAUGACCCUGUCGCUGGAGCAGCAGACCCAGCAGCGCCAGCGCCAGCACCAGUACCAGGCUGAGACCUUGAGGGCUGCAUCCCAGGCCCCACCUUCAGCUAUUACACCCAAGCCCAAGAAGCCCCCUGCCCCCCAGGAAGAGCCAGAGUGUGAGCUAGAAUCGGGGGGUACCUAUCUGAGGGAGGGGAUCCCAGAGGAAGUAGAAGACAGGCUCCUGCAGCCCAGGAGCUUCCAGCAGAAACGAGACUAUUUCCAGAAGAUGGGGCAACAGCAGAUCAAGGUGAAGGCGGUAAAGCCUCCUGCCAAGGUCCAGAUCCCCCAGGGGGAGGAGCGGGAGGAGCAAGAAGAGGAGCCAGGAACAGUGCUGUCCCCUCCUCCUCCCCCCGCAGUGAAGAAGCCUUUGAAACAAGUUGAGGCCAAAGCUGCAAAAGAGGCUGAAGCUGAGCCAGCUAGGGAGGCAGGGCCUGGCCAUGAUCAAGAGCCUGCCCAGGGCAGGAUGCCCAUGGUGCGAAGCUUGGAUCACACAUCCCAGCGACCUGAACCCAGCAGGGAAAUUCGCAACAUCAUCCGCAUGUACCAGAGCCGCCCAGGCCCUGUGCCUGUGCCCGUGCAGCCAUCCAGGCCUCUCAAAACUUUCCUGAAGAAAAAUGACCCUAAGGAUGAGGCGCUGGCCAAGCUGGGGAUCCAUGGUGCCCACUCAUUCCCUUCGACGCUGUCCCCCAGCCCAGGGAAGAGCCCACCACCUACUGUAGCUCCUCGACCCAAGGCCCUGCCACAGCUUGGGCCUGCCAGCUCCAUCAAGGAAAAGCAGGGACCCCUUCAGGACCUGUUUGGCAAGAACCUGCCCACUGCCCAGGCACCCCAACCUCCACUAGCACCCCCACUGUCCCUGCCUGAGGACCCAGGGGCCCCUUCAGCUGAACCCCGUGGGAAGAAGGAGCCUAUGGGUGACCAGAGCACCUCCACCCAGCUACUUGCGCCCUCUGCCAGCGUGAGCUUCUCCUACACCAGUGCACCCUGGAAGUUAUUCCUACGCAAGGAGGUGUUCUACCCCCGGGAGAACUUCAGCCAUCCCUACUGCCUCCAGCUCCUCUGUGAGCAGAUCCUACGGGACACCUUUGCUGAGUCCUGCAUCCAGAUCUCCCAAGAUGAACGGCGUAAAAUGAAAGACCUGCUGAGAGAUUUGGAAGUGGGCCUUGACUCUCUCGCCACUGCUGAAGACAAUGUCAAGAAACGCAUCGUGGUGGCCGCUCGGGACAAAUGGGCCAAUUACUUCUCCCGCAUCUUUCCAGCCUCGGGUGAGAGCGGCAGUGAUGUGCAGCUGCUAGGUGUGUCCCACCGGGGGCUGAGACUGCUCAAGGUGACCCAUGGCCCCAACUUCCGCCCUGACCGGCUGAAGACUCUCUGCUCAUAUAGCUAUUCAGAGGUGCUGGGGGUGGAGUGCCCAGGUGGCUCCACCCUGGAGCUGUCACUGAAGAAUGAGCAGCUGGUAUUGCACUCAGCCAGGGCGACAGCCAUCAAGGCCAUGGUUGAGCUAUUCCUGAGUGAGCUCAAGAAGGACUCUGGCUAUGUCAUCGCCCUGCACAGCUACAUCACGGAUGACUGCAGCCUCCUCAGCUUCCACCGCGGGGACCUCAUCAAGCUGUUGCCAGUGGCCACGCUGGAGCCAGGUUGGCAGUUUGGCUCUGCCGGGGGCCGCUCUGGACUUUUUCCCACGGACAUAGUGCAGCCGGCUGCUGCUCCUGACUUCUCCUUCUCAUCAGAGCAGAGGAGCCAGCACAAAAGUCACUUGCAGCUUGGGGAGCCAGGGCUGGCUCAGCAGGACAGGGCCUUGGAGCACCCUGCUCCGGCACGCAGUGAUAACUCAGAGGCCACCAGCCUGCCUUCCUCCACGGCCUACGCCUCUCUGUCCACUGACUCCCACAACUACACCAUGCAGGAAUUUGCCCUGCGCUACUUCCGAAAGCCUCAGACCUUGUUGGACCUGACAGGUGGAGGAGCUGAAGGGAAGGCUGUGGCCAGCCUAGUGCAGCACAGCAAGGUUCCUAUCCAAGAAUCUCUCAUCAGCCUUAGUGAUGAGAACACGAGCAGGCAGGCUGUGACCAGCUUCAAGGCCCUGAUGCAAUUUAUGGGUGACCAAUCCAAGCCCUGGGGCAAGAACGAGCUGGAUCUGCUCUAUAAGCUGCUGAAGCUAAGCCAGGAGGAGAACUUAAGGGAUGAGAUUUACUGCCAGGUCAUCAAGCAGGUCACAGGACACCCCCGGCUGGACCACUGUGCUCGAGGCUGGAGCUUCCUCAGCCUCCUCACAGGCUUCUUCCCCCCGUCGACCAUGCUGAUGCCCUAUGUGACCAAGUUCUUACAGGAUUCUGGCCCCAGCCAAGAGCUGGCCCGGAGCAGCCAGGAACACCUGCAGCACACAGUCAAAUAUGGGGGCCGCCAGCGCCUGCCCCCGCUGGAGGAAAUGCAAGCUUUCCUGAAAGGUCAAGCCAUCCGCGGGCUUCUAAUUCACCUGCCUGGGGGGACGGAUUACAAGAUAAAUAUCCGGACUUUCACGGUGGCAGCAGAGGUGCUGGAGGAGCUGUGCGGACAGAUGAGUAUCACAGAGCCCCAGGAAGUGCAGGAAUUUGCCCUCUUCCUCAUCAAAGGGCAGGGCAAGCUGGUACGGCCCCUCUGGCCCGGUGAGUACCUCAACAAUGUGAUGGUGAACCCACAUGUGAGCCUGCACAGCUGGCGGCUGGGCUGGGAGACUCCACUGCACUUUGACAACCCCACCUAUGUCAGCACCCACUACAGCCAGGUACUGCGGGACUACCUUCAGGGGAAGCUGCGGGUCAGCGCCCAGGCAGAUGCUGAGAUUGCCAGGCUGGCUGCCCUGCAGCACCUCAGCAGGGACAAAAAGACACCCCCCUCAGAGCAAGACCUGCUGGCUUACAUUCCAAAGCCGCUGCAGUGGGGGGUGAGUGUGACCACCAUAAAGGGUCUGAUGGGCCAGGAGCUGAGACAGCUGCAAGGACACAGCUCCCAGGAAGCACAAAUCAGCUUCAUUGAAGCCAUGCGCCAGCUGCCCCUCUUCGGCUACACCAUCUAUGUGGUGCUGCGGGCAAGUGAGCUGGCCCUACCCGGACCCUCCCUCCUGGGGCUCAACCAUCAGCACCUCCUCCUUAUGGACCCCAGCUCUCAGAAACCACUCUGCUCCAUCAGCCUGAAGAGCCUACAUCGGCUCCACCUGCUGAGCCCACAGGAGGUGGGGGGCGCCCCUGGCCUGGAACUCAACUAUGGCUCAACUGACAGCCCCCAGACCACGUGGUUUGAGCUGCCACAGGCCCAGGAGCUGAUGCACACCAUCCUCUUCCUGCUGGACAGCACCUGUCCCAUUGAGUGGCCCGGCCUCAACUGAGUGGGGUGGGGUGGAGAUGAGGAAGAGGCCUCUCCCUGGUACAAGUCUCAGCCACAUGGUCUGCCUUGGAUGCCGUCAGGUCAUUCUGGUUUGGGCUUCACGGCUUGGCCCUGUUCUGGAACCUGACACAGCACAGUCAGCUGGCCCAAGUGGAGGCACAGGCUGGAACAGUGUCACCAACUGGGGAAGGAAAACAGCCAGGCUCUCUGGGAGGCCUGGUUCUGGGGUGAGGGCUGCAGGAGCUCAGGCUGGGAUCUGAUGUUGCCAGUCUGGGGGAGAUGCCCACCUGCCCCAGCCUCCCACCCAGACUCCACGUUAGCAUGAGCCCAGGCCUAGGAGAAGGAGCUGCCGAGGAAAUAAAACUCUCAUGAGAAAAGG